UGUAUCAUUCCCUAGCCCCCCAAUUUAUUGAAUCCUUAAAGCACACAUAGAGAGAUGCUGGCAGCAGAGUGCAGCUUAAUGUGGUGCACGUAGAGGGAUGCUGGCAUCGCAGAGUGCAGCUUAACCCAGUGCACCUCAACAUGAGACCCAGGAUGAGGGACUUUCUGCAAGGACUUUGGAGGGGUCCAUUCACUUCUUCCACCAUGUGAGGACACUUCAAAAAGGGGCCAUGUUUUUCCUAAUGUUUGGAUGUUGAACUCGGUCAUACUGGUGUAUUUAAAGGGGUACAAUGCUCCCUUUCAACUCUUACACAUGUGGUAAAUAGCAGGCCUACAGCCUUCCAUUUCAUUAUCAAGUUUUUGCUGAGGGCACCAACACAGAAGCAGAAAGUGAGCCCUUUCAAGUUACUGGAUCUGCUGGUCCUCAAUUUUACUCUCCCCAGCCUUGAGAACAGUAUGAAAAUUUUCAAAUACCCAAGACAAGGUCUUUUUACAAUAGCAAAAAAGCACUGAAAUCUCUAGGAAUGUCUUACUUUUCUCCCUACAAUUUGAAGCAUAGCUUUGCAGGCUACAGAUUCCUCAGUUUGUGCUUUUUUUUUUUUUUUUUGCCUUCUGCACUGCACCUCAUCAGCCCACUGCCUUGUGGUCCUCCAGGGAUUCCGAUGAGCAAUCUGCUCAUGAACAUAGGGGAAAUGAUGGAAGACACCUCCCUCUCAGCUCCACAGGUAUGAACAAUGCACCAAGCUGUCACGGGCAACAGAACAUUUUGUGAUAGUGUCAUGAUGGCAGGAAAGUGAUCCCAUCAUGCUGGGACCUAUCACUCAGAUGUUAAAGAGAAAGGAAAGGCUAUUUGGGGUGUAGACUUUAGGAGGCAAUUAAAACAUUCUACAUGUGUUAAUUUUGCAAAAAAUAAAUAUAAAUUUCUAUCACUAACCUAAGCAAUGAUCUUUUGGGGGUACUUCCUCUUUAAUCAAAUGGACAGAUACUUCUGGAAACUGCCGUGGAGUAUCACCAACUGUGAUUGGUCCAUUUCUUGCUCUGACAUUGGAAGGCACAUUGUGAUGUCAUUCCAACUGCCUGUUUGAAUCCCUGGCUGGGCGGAGGAUUUUGUCCGUUUUUCCAGGAAGCAGUUGGAUGCUGACUGGCGAGACUUGAACAAAGCUACAUGUUUUUCCAUAUUUUGUUGUUUUGCUGUUUUAUCUAUUUCUUGUUAGUGUGUUGUUUAUUUUGUUCUUUUAUUGUUCUGUUCAUUUUGUCCUCUCCUCUCCCCCACAAGCUUUUACUUCUUAUCUGUGCAUUUUUAUUUUAUUUAAAUAUCUCCUCAUUUCUCUUUUGAUUUUUCUUGUCAUUUCUCCUAUUUAUUUCCCAUUUUCAUUUUCUAAUUCUUUAAUUCUUGUAUGUCUCACCUUCUUUUUCUCAUCUAUAAUCACUUUCUUUACAUAGGAGGAUUAGUAUUGUAAGUUUAGUUAUAAGAGUUGGUGUUUUACUUUCUGUUACAGUUUUCCAUGUUUCUGUUUUAACAUUUUUGAUUAUUUUGUUUGAAUCAUGGAUUAGUAUAGUGUAAUUCAUAUAUAGUGUUUGUUCAAAAUAUUAGCAUAGUGAAUAGAAUUAAUCUUAAUAAUUAGUGUACUUCAUAUACUGUUGUUUUUGUUAUGCCCAGAUAAGUAGAUCCCCAAGGAGCUAUCAGCAACCCGAUCACACUGAAAUACGAAAGCAAGGUUUUUAUUAAAAAGGUACAAGCCGCGACAGGGACCUCAUCCAACCAACCGGCGCAGUGGAGAAAGGAGGAAAGGCCCAGGUCUUUGGGGACACUUUUAAAGGGGAGAUACAUCAGCAAGGGCUUAAGGUCACCAUAGGUGCUGUAGGAGACUAGCUAGUGUUACUCCCAGUACACUAGAUACCAAGAUAUCCCCACAAUGAGUGGUGACAGAUCCUCCCACACAGAGGAGGUGUUCUGGGGAUAUGAUGUCCUCAGAACCCUUGGCAAGGGCAGCUUCGGCAAGGUGAAGCUGGCCCGCCAUAUAGAGAGUGGGACCAUGUUGGCUGUGAAGAUCAUUGCCAGAGGGCACGGGGAUUCCUCCAAGUUCCCACAAGCAAGGGUAGAAGCAGAUUAUGAAUUCUCUGCAUCACCCUAACAUUGUAAAGCUAAUGCAGGUAGACUACAUGGCAGAGAGAGCCUACCUGUUCAUGGAGUAUAUUAGCAUGGGGGACCUUGGAAUGUUAGUGGCAGUGCACGGCCACCUUCAGGAACAAGAGGCAUGUUGGUAUUUCAGUCAGACCCUAGAAGCAGUGGAGUACUGCCAUAAGCAGCACAUUGUCCACAGAGAUAUAAAAUUAGAAAAUCUCCUUGUGGACAGAAAAAUGUGUUUUAAACUAACUGACUUUGGCUUAAGCCAAAAGCUGACUGAAGGCCAACAACUCAAUUCAUUGUGUGGCAGCCUUGAAUACUGUGCCCCGGAAGAAUUCUUAGGUAAGGAAUUCGAUGGGUACAAGGCUGACGUGUGGAGCCUGGGCGUGCUCCUAUACACCAUGGUGAAAGGGUGGCUGCCCUUUGAAGGGGAGAGCUUUGUGUGCCUGAAGGAAGCCAUCCUGGCUGGCUCUUUCCUAAUCCCCUCCUCUAUAAGUGGGGAACUGGAGCAGCUGCUGGACUGGCUGAUGACCUAUAACCCUGCUAAGAGGCCCACAGUGGCAGAUGCUGUGGGCCAUAAGUGGCUCAGCAUGGAGCAGAAAGGGUCCAAACUAAGUGAAGAUGCAGCUGAACAGUCUCUGAGUUCAACCAAGGACGAGGACCUCAGUGACAGUGUGGAGAGCCUGAGCUCUCAGGAGGGCCUCAGAGAACAGGACGGCCCCCUGUGGGGAAAAGCCCAGCUAAAGGCUUACCUCAGAGGAGGAGGAAGUGAAAUUUACAUGGGGCUCCCAGGUCCUUCGCAUGUUACUGAAGGUCCGAAAUACCUUUCAGGCCUUCUCUUCCAGCUGGGCCAUGAGGAGGAGGAUGGCUGCUUGUCCCCUCCUCUGAGUGGGGGGAAAUCCCAGGAGGGCUUCAGUGGAGCAGCAAGAACUGAGCUCACUGAAGUGGAGCUUCUAGCAUCUCCACAGGAUGCUGAGGCCCAAAACUACCUGGUGGAGCUGGGCUUUCAGCUGAGCCAUAAAGCAGCCUCCCUGAUGCCCAGUCUCCAAGCCAGCGCCAUGUCCCCAGUGCUGCCCAAAGGUGUCCCAUCGUCAGGGCUAAAUGCCUGCCACAGAGCCCGCAGGAUGGACGGUUCCCCACCUGGCAUGAUGAUGAUCUACACUCCUCGCCCAGUCCUCAGGUACAACAGCCCCAUGUGCUCUGUGUCCACUCUCAACACCAGCAGCAGUGAGGCCUGCAGGUCAGAUAGUCCCCACCCUGUCAUAAGGAGGAGGACCUACAUUCCUGGGCCAGUCCUCAGCUACAACAGCUCCUUGUCCUCCAUAGACACUAUCAGUGUCACCAGCAGUGAGGCUGAAAGGACAGAUGGUCCCCAACCUGGGAUAAGGAGGAAGACCUACAUUCCCUGGCCAGUCCUCAUGUACAACAGCCCCGUGUCCUCCAUAUCCACUGUAGCUCCAGCAGCAGUGAGGACCACUUAGCAGACAGGAGCUGUUCCCAGGGAGUGGCAGAGAAAGAGAGCCUCCCAGAAAAUCAACAGGAUGAGGAGGCAGGGACCUCGCUUGCUAAAGCUGACAAGAGCAAGGGCCACCAGGGGGUCUGCAGGAGGAUAGUGAACUGCCUUCUGUGGGUGUGUUGUAUCCUGCCAGACCCAGAGGAAGACCUGUGAAUUCAGAGAAAGGUGGCCCCGUAGCUUCAUUCACUGGAAAUUUCCAAGAGGAAGUUAUGAUCCCUGUCUGGGAGGAGGGAUUGUGGGGAGGCAGUAAGAUAUAACAGACAGGGAGUGAAGACUAUGGGUCUCAUAGGAGGAACUAGGAUCAGGCAUCAGACCAGACCACACAACAAGGUCCUGUGUCUCAUGUGGUUAGCAGCUGAUCAGGUGAGCAUAACCUCAUUUCAGUGGUCAGGUCAGUACAUUUCUCGGUUGUCACAUGGUUCAAGUAGUCAGCAGAAUAACAUUUUUAUUGGUUAGCAUCCAUGACCAUUUGCUAGCCACCAGAAAAACAGACACCUGACAUUGAAACGCUAUAGUGAAUGUAUCCACGUAUAAGGACUUACUAUAGAAGCUCCUUUAUAAGAGGCAUAACAUACUGGGGCACAGUGCCAGCCUCAGGGGCCUUUAUCUAGAUUCUGAGGACAGAGCCACACUGUGUGCAUUCAGCAGAACUUACAGAACCGUAUGUAUAAACAUCUCCCUGAUUCUAUAAAAAGUAGAAAAAAGGAACAAAGAGACCAGGCCCUGGGACCUCCAAGAGCUGUACAAACCUUGCCUUCAUUGGGCAAGUAACUCCCACAUUCUGAGCCCUGGUUACCACUGAAAAAGUUUGGGAGGAGGCUCUGAAAAGUCCUUGUGACACAGUGAAGUCUGGAGUUUCUGGGAUGACAAAUCCAGCCAUGUGCUUGCUCAGGGAAACCCUGCUUGGAUGCAUCCAUCCCCAGGUACAUGUGGAAGAGAAGCCUUCCUUCUAGCAUGAAUGUACUGGACUCUCAGGUUAUACUCAAAUAGUCUCCCAUCCUGUUUUGGGAUGUGUGCAGGGGCCACUGGCUGCUUAGGGGAUGAUUAGCAGCUGCUGGCCCCAGUGGCUCACUUAGGUAUGUGAUGUCUGGGGUCACUGUCAAGUCCAGCCUAGUAUUGGCAGCUAUAGUCAAAUUGAGUAACUUUGGUCUGCAUUGAUAGAUAUUGGGGUGGGGGGAUUCUUUUACUUUUUAAAUUAUGCUAAUAAUACAAAGCACAAAUGUUACUAUUUUAACCCUUUUUAAGUAUAUAGUACAGUGGCAUGAAGAGCAGUCACAGGGUUGUGUGCACAUCACCACCACUCCUCUCCUCCACAUGAAACACUCCCCAUCCCCCUCCCCAGCCUCUGGCACCCCCAGGUCUACUCCUGUCUCAAUGAAUGGGACAACUCUAUCUCAAUUAUUAUGCAGUAUUUGCUCUCUCCCUUUAAAAUUUUAUUGCAUUUGCUCUUUGAGAGGCAGAGAGACAGGCAGAGCUCCCAUCAGCUGGUUCACUCCUUGCAGGCCUGUAAUGGCAAGUACUGGACUGGGCUGAAGCCAGGAGUGGGAAAUCAAUUCAGGCCUCUCAUGUGCAUGAAAUGAACUCAACCAUAUGAGUCAUCAGCUGCUACUUCACUGUCUGCAACAGAAGAAAGUUGGAGUCAGGAGCCAGACCUGAGAGUGAAACCCAAUAACUCUGACAUGGUACUCAGGCAUCUUAACUGCCUGUCCUUGGUGUUUGUCUUUCUGUGGCUGGGUUGUAUUAUCCAGUCCUCAGGAUUCAUGCCUGCAGUAGCAAGUGUCAGAAUAUCCUGCCUUUGAAAGGCUGAAUAAUACUCCGUGGUUCAGUUGGACCACAUUGUUUUUCCACAUUCAUUUCCUUUGGAUGGUCCCAUGGGUUGUUUGCAUAUUGGGGUAAUGUGAAUAAUGCUACUGUGAACAUGGGUACAAAUUACUCCUUGAGACCCUGUCUUCAAUUCUUUUAUUAUAUAUGUGCUUACAUAUUUGAAAGUGACUGAAAGAGAGCUCGGCCUCACUCCCCAGAUGGCCACUACAGUGAAGGCAAGCCGGGAUAAAGCCAGGAGCCCUGCACUCCAUCUAGGUCUCCCACAUAGUUGACAGAGGCCCAAGAACUGGAGCCAUAAACUGUUGCCUUCCCAUGAGUAUUAGCAGGAAGCUGAAUUGAAAGCCUAUUAGCCAAGACUGGAACCAAACACUCCAGUAUGGGAUGUGGACCUCCAAAGUGGCAGUUUAAUUAGCUGCACCACAACACCCACCCCCGUUUCCAAUUCUUGGAGUCAUAUGCCUAGAUAUAUAUACACCUAAAUGUAUAUAUACCUAGAUGGACUACUUGAUAAUUCAAUGUUUAAAAAUUUGGGUGGCAGUUCUCUUUUGUGGUGUAGCAGGUUAAACCACCACUUGGAACAUCCACACUCCAUAUUGGAGUCAGUUCAUGUUCCAGCUGCUCUGCUUCCAAUCCAGCUCCACGCUAACGCAUCUGGGAAAGACAUGAAGGUUGUCUCAAGUACUUGGGCCCCUGCCACCUACAUGGGAAACCCAGAAGAAGUUCCUGCCUUUGGCCUGGCCCAGCUUGUCUGUUCUGGUCAUUAAGGAGGUGAAGCAGUAGAUGGAAGAGUCUCUCUCUUGUCUCUCUGUCACUCUCCUCCCACUCCCUGCCACAGGCUUUGUCUUACAAAUCAAUAAAUCUUUUUUUGGUUAUAAGGAAAUAGCUUAUAUUUAUUUUUAAUUUUUAAAAAUAUUAAUUUGAAAGGCAAAUGUACAGAGGCAGAAGCAGUGAGUGAAAGAGAGAUUGAGAGAGAGAGAGAGAGAGAAAGAGAGGUAUCUUCCAUCUUCUGCUUCACUCCCUAAAUGCUCACAACAGCCGUGGCUGGGCCAGGCUGAAGCCCAGAACUUGGAUCUCCAUCCUGGUCCCUCAAGGGAGUGAAAAGAACUCAAGUAUUUGAGCCUUCACCUGCACAUGAGCAGAAAGAUGGACUGGGGACCUUAACUUAGUCUAGAGUCCAGGCACUUGGAUGUGGAUGCAGACCUCCUAAGUAGUGUUUUAGCUGCUCAGCCCAUUUGCCUGCCACAAUGUUUAAUUAUUUGGUGAACUGCAUCCCAUUGCUUUCUGUUUUAUGUUUGUUAGGAGCACAUCCCAAGUCCUAAAACUCAAAGGUAGGGGGUUGAAAAGUGAUGGGACAAAGCAGGUAGCUAGGUUCAGACCAUGGAGCUGGAAGUCACUGAGCUCCUGCCCCAUGUAGUUCUAGCCUACUUGUCCACCAAACAACCCUUUCUGGGACACAUCUCCUUUCCCUGUGAUCUUAGGGUGAGGGGCCAAGUGAGUAGCCACUUUCCUUCCAACCUCAUACACCAGCAACACUGGGAAAAGCAAGCUCUUCAGCUGGAGACCAGGACAGAAGGAGGUGCUGCCUCUCCUAUUCCCCUCCCCCAGCUGUUUAUGCUGCUGGCCACUCCCCACCUAUGCUCAUGCAUGUGUGUUCUUUCACCUUUUAAUAAACUUCAUCAUUCUGGGCAGUGUAUAUGUGCCUGUACUUAGAAUGCCUCUCUAAAUAGAAGGCACAGACCUGGAAUACACAUUCAGCCCCACUUUCUCCACUUCUUAUGGGUGAGCCAGCCAGGUGUCUGAGAAAGCCCAACAGGGAACUGAAAAAGCAACAGUGGUAAGUGGAAUUUAAUUUGUCUCUGUCUCAGCUGUACUAAGCUUUUACCUCCUUGUGAAAAUUCAAAAGUGUCUCCCUCAGUCUCACUGCUCUUGAUCUCAGGCAGAUCUGUUAAGAUGCAGUUGUGGACACCUUGUUCCUAAGUUAUAGCAUUAGGGGAUGAAAGGCGACUAUGAGAUGUCUUAGUAAGAAGGAUCUGGACAGAGAAACGGGAAGAGAGUUGGCCAGUUUGUGGUCUUGUGCCCAAAAUCUUUGUCUUUAGUUUAUAGUGUGUUUUUUAAAUUUUAAAUUCGUUCUUGCUACUGAAAAACCUGGAACUUGCAUUUAGUUUCUACUGGAUGCAAUACACCUGGCUGAAAAGUUCUGUCUUAAGAUUUUGAAUCAUGGUGUUUUCCUUAUUAAGAUGGGCAGGUGGGCCAAGCAACUCACAUUUCACUAGCAAACUUCUCUUCAUCUGACUGGAGUGGUCCUCAAAACAGGUGUGCAGUGUAUAUAUGUCAAACCCCCUGUCAGUAGGUGGUACUUCCUAACAUGGCAGGAGUUCCUCAUCAGGAGCCAAGGGAGGGAUUUUGCCAACCAUGGAAACCUCAAGUGUGACUUCAGCUUUUUGGUGGAAGAUGGAAAUUGACCCCACUUGACUAUGGUGGACCCCAUAGCUAGUGCAAGCCAUGUACCUAAUCAGCAGCACUACAAUUUAUCUUAGCUUUAUGCUGGUUUCUGCUGCCCUGGAAUACAUAGCCAGGUAUGGGUUUCAAUGCUACCUGAGUUCACAAGCUCUAGAUAUGCUGGUCCUAGCCCCAGAGAAUGUUCAGGGCACAGAAGCUUCAGGGCUUACAAACUCUAGCAGCUGGUCUUUAGGCAUAGGCUGUGUUAUUUUUACAACCCAGGAGCUUUUCCUCCUAGCGUGAGGAACAGUGCCCCACUAGACAUCGGUUUCUUGCAGAGAUGACAUCCCAUAAGCUCAUGUUGGAUGCUGGGAAAAUGCACCACUAUACAUGUGUUCACUGCCAAGUGGGUUGGCACCUUUGUGAAAGCGGCAGCACUCUUCAAAUGGCCAGAUUAUGUAAGGCAUGUUCAUUCAGACAAUUUAAUAGGGGCAUUGGGUAAUGAAGAUGCCCUUAGAUAACGAUCAACCCACAGGAGCCCUGGAGGCAGGCUGCUUAAAACUGAGAACCUCAAAUUGGGGUAUAAAAACAUUGUAA